AAAAUGGAUGGAGGCAAUCAGUCUGUGGUGUCAGAAUUUAUACUAUGGGGACUUGCCCACUCACAUGUUCAGGUCUUACUCUUUGUGAUGUUUUUGAUACUUUAUCUGCUCAUUGUGUCUGGAAAUAUUGUCAUCCUUGUUUUAAUCAUCACUGACUCCCAUCUCCAUUCCCCCAUGUACUUCUUGUUGGCCAAUCUGUCCUUCAUUGAUAUGUGGCUUUCUUCUAUCACCACUCCAAAGAUGAUAUCAGACUUUCUCAGAGAAAAUAAGACCAUUUCCUUUUCAGGCUGCAUGUCCCAGGUCUUCUUUUCCCAUUGCAUUGCUGCAGGAGAGAUGGUGUUGUUAGUUGUAAUGGCUUAUGACCGCUAUGUGGCCAUCUGCAAACCACUCCAUUACUUCACCAUUAUGAACCUGAAAAGAUGCACUGGGUUGGUGUUGACUUCUUGGACAACUGGAUUUAUACAUGGUAUAAGUUACAUGGUAGCGAUUGUGCGAUUGCCAUAUUGUGGCCCCAAUGAAAUUGAUAGUUUUUUCUGUGACAUGCCAUUGGUAAUAAAGUUAGCCUGCAUAGAUUCUCAUGAUUUACAUACAUUAAUGAAUGCUGACUGUGGGGUUGUGGCUGUAACCUGCUUCAUUCUGUUGCUCAUAUCCUACACAUAUAUCCUUAUCACUGUUCGACAGAGCUCUAAAUCUGGUGCAUCUAAGGCUCUGUCCACAUGCAGUGCCCACAUCACAGUGGUGAUGAUCUUUUUUGUACCCUGCAUCUUCAUCUAUGUGUGGCCCCUCAAUAUCACCUGGUUGGACAAAUUUUUUGCUGUGUUCUACUCUGUUUUCACACCUCUCCUAAACCCAGCCAUUUAUACACUGAGAAAUAAAGAGAUGAAAAAUGCAAUGAAAAGGUUCAUAAGCAACUUUUUGCAUCCCAAAGGAACUUCCUUGUAG